AUGCAGUUCACCAACCUCAUCACCGCCGCCGCGAUCGGUCUCACCACCUUCGCCAGCGCCGCCGUUCAAGGACGCGAGCCUGAGAACGCGCUCGUCAUCGUCCAGCACCUCGCCGGCGUGUCCACCUCGACCGUCUACAGCACCAGCAAGGUCACCGUCUGGGCCUGCGACUCCUCCGUCACCGACUGCCCCGUGGGUAGCAGCACCAACCUCGUCUCGGUCGUCACCUCGGUCGUUCCAGUGUCCACCACCAUUUGCCCGCUCACCGUCACGUCGGUCACCACCAGCGGCACUCCAGGCACCGGCUCCGCCCCGCUCUCCACUACAACCGUCACCAGCACCGCCUACAGCUUCGACUCUGAGACCUCCGCCGUCCAGACUGCUCCAGCCUCGAGCGGUCCCGCAGCCUCCACUGCUCCUGCCUCGAGCGGUCCCGCAGCUUCGACUGGCAUCACCUCCAGCGGCGCCGCUUCGUCAUACGCCUCCACCAUGAGCGGCUCGUCCGGUAGCCCAGUCAGCAGCUCGCCUGCCCCACCAGGUGUCCCGGCUCAGUCCAGCGGCGACAGCACCAUCCAGUCGACCCUUCACUCCACAAUCACCCGCCAAUCCACCGUCACUGUCCCAGGCGAGACUCUCAGCAGCGGCCUCUCUUCGGUGGCCGGCAGCUCUAUUGCGAACGCCACCGAGGCUUCGUCGAGCGCUAGCAGCAUGCCGCCAGCCCCACCAGCCUACGGCCCACCAGCUCAGGUCACUUCCGUCUCUUCCAACGAAGCGGGCGGCGUCACCGCUUCUGGCACCGGCUACAUGACACCAAGCACCAACGGCACUCUUGCCACUCCGACUCUGGGCUCGCCAUCCGAGACCUUUGUUCCAUUCACUGGUGGCGCGGCUGCUCACGACAUCGAGCGCAUGAUGGUCUGCUUGGUCAUCGCCGUUGGUUCCGCAGUCCUCCUCGUCUAG